AUGACGUACUGCGAACGCGAGGAAGAGGGCAGGAAGCUUUCGUGUUCUGUGGGGGUAAAAGCCAACAAUGUCUACCAUAGUAGGUACCCGAUAUCCGUCGUUUGUUCCCCCACCGAACUGGCCACCAAGAUCAUCGCCAUCAUUGAGGACGGGCACCACUCGAAGCAUCACCAACGUGGACAAUCUCCUCUUGCUGAUAUCGCUCUGGUCUCGCACACUUGGAACGCUGUGUGCAGACUGCACAUGUUCAACACGGUCACCUUAUACAGCGACACCGUCCACUCUCGACUGUCCUUCAUACACUUCCAGGCCCCCCAUCUCAGCCAGUACAUACGCGAGCUGUACUUCCAGCCCUCGGCAGCAGAGCGCAUUGCGUCCAAAGCCGAGUGGUUCCCAGCGUGUUUCGCACAGUUCGACAACUUGGACAAGAUACGCUUUGAGAAUUGCUGCAAAGGCCCGCUUCCCGCAGCGUCUCUGGCUGCAUUUGCCGCGCCCUAG